AUGUAUCAGCACGCCACCUUCCGCCGACGCUCCUCCUCGACGUCGUCCACCGCCUCAACGGUAUCGUGGGCGUCUGAUCACCAUCACGACGAGAGCGGCCGCGCCGCCCGCGGCAGCCAGGACUUGAACAGCGCGGCGUCUUCCCCGCCGCCGGCCUCGACGAAUGCGAACGUGCGCACCUGCGAGGGCAUGACGGCCGACGAGACGCGCGAGCUGUGGAAAUGCAUGCUCGCGCUGCAGCAGCGCUACGGGUGCUACAACUCGAGGCGCAUCGACCUGGCGGCCAACGCCGGCGACGAUGGCGUCAACUUAAUGCCAAAUCCUUUCAUCAUUGACACCCUCAACAACUCUGUCAUCGACCUGCCCGACGAAGGCUGGGAGAUGCUCGACCGGUGUCUGCGCGGCCACCACGACGAUUCCUGCGCGUCCGCGUCGCCCGCCGCGUGCAACGAGCGCGCCGGCAAGGCCAAGUGCGAGGCAGUGGUGCUCACACGGCAAUGA